GACGUGGUGCAGGAGGACCUAGCCGUUAAGUGCGCUCCCUGUGGGUCUCCAGCCGUCGCCUUCCCCUCCCCAAAGGGUUUAAAAAAGCAGACCUUUCUUUUUAACAAAAAAAAAAGCCAACGCAACUUUUAAAAGGCCGCCAUGGACGAUGAUAUUGCUGCACUCGUUGUUGACAAUGGCUCUGGAAUGUGCAAAGCCGGUUUUGCUGGGGACGAUGCACCCCGUGCCGUGUUCCCCUCCAUUGUGGGUCGCCCCAGGCACCAGGGUGUGAUGGUUGGAAUGGGCCAGAAGGACAGCUAUGUCGGUGACGAAGCGCAGAGCAAAAGAGGCAUCCUCACCCUGAAGUACCCCAUUGAACACGGCAUUGUCACCAACUGGGACGACAUGGAGAAGAUCUGGCACCACACCUUUUACAACGAGCUGAGAGUGGCCCCCGAGGAACACCCCGUGCUUCUAACAGAGGCUCCCCUGAACCCCAAAGCCAACAGAGAAAAAAUGACACAGAUCAUGUUUGAGACCUUCAACACCCCAGCCAUGUACGUCGCCAUCCAAGCUGUGCUGUCCCUGUAUGCCUCUGGCCGUACCACUGGCAUUGUGAUGGACUCUGGUGAUGGCGUCACCCACACUGUGCCCAUCUACGAAGGUUAUGCUUUGCCCCAUGCCAUCCUCCGUCUGGAUCUGGCUGGCCGCGACUUGACCGACUACCUCAUGAAGAUCUUGACCGAGAGAGGCUACAGCUUCACCACCACAGCCGAGAGAGAAAUUGUGCGUGACAUCAAAGAGAAGCUGUGCUACGUUGCGCUCGACUUUGAGCAGGAGAUGGCCACCGCUGCGUCCAGCUCCUCCCUGGAGAAGAGCUAUGAGCUCCCCGACGGACAGGUGAUCACCAUCGGAAACGAGAGGUUCAGGUGCCCGGAAGCCCUCUUCCAGCCUUCUUUCCUAGGUAUGGAAUCCUGCGGUAUCCACGAAACCACCUUCAAUUCGAUCAUGAAAUGCGACGUUGAUAUCCGUAAAGACCUGUAUGCCAACACUGUCCUGUCUGGUGGUACUACAAUGUACCCUGGCAUCGCGGACAGGAUGCAGAAGGAGAUCACAGCCCUGGCGCCCAGCACAAUGAAAAUCAAGAUCAUUGCUCCCCCUGAGCGCAAAUACUCUGUCUGGAUCGGAGGCUCCAUCCUGGCCUCCCUGUCAACCUUCCAGCAGAUGUGGAUCAGCAAGCAGGAGUACGAUGAGUCCGGACCGUCCAUUGUCCACCGCAAAUGCUUCUAAAAAAAAGGACUAGUUAUUACCAUUAUAACUUUUUUCUCUCUUUUUUUGACAAAAAAACCCCCCUGUAACUGCGCGUAAAACAAGAAUUGAGAUUGGGCAUGGCUUUAUUUGUGUUUUUGGCGCUUGACUCAGGAUAUAAAAACUGGAAGGUGAAAAGUUGACGGCAGCAGUCUUUUUUUAAAAAAAAACACAAAGUGUUGGAUUGAACGCCCCCUCCCCCGAAAAAGUUCUAGAAUGCAUCUGAGGACUUUUUGAUUGUACAUUUGUGGGUUUUUUGUUUUGUUUUUAAGUCGUCAUUCCAAUAUUGUACAAUGCAUUGAGAGGGAAGUUAAACCGGCCUCUGUGAAGGCGGCAGCCCAGCGUGAAGGGAGCAGAAAUUAACUCAUCUGGUGUCCUAGCAAAAUUGCCUGUCUGUAAAUUACGUAACCCAACAAGUGUCUUUUCUCCAUUCUGCGCCUUAAAACACACUUGGUCCUUUUGAAAGGGUUUUUUUUGGUCAAGCAAAAAAGGCCUGUGGCUGUCUCUCUUACUCCCAACCUAGAUGUGAAGGCUUACAGACUACCCCCCCUCUUCCCAUCCCGUAGGGGAGUCAUUACACAAAUUGGUGCCAGUAUGUACACAGGAUACUGUGGGGGGGGGGGGGGGCAAAACUGUACACUGACUUAAGAACAGUUCUAAAUAAAGAUGCACACAAUAAUAGAA